AUGCUUAGUGGUGGUGGCCAAAUCUCUGCGCUCGACAAUAGAACAAUAGGUGCAUGGGAUCAUGGAUUAGGUGGAUUAUUAGAGUCAACUACAUAUGUUAGUGGCUUAUCAGGUGGGGGAUGGCUAGUUGGAUCGAUUUCUUUGAAUAAUUUUAGUUCAUUGGAAUCAAUUAGAGAAUCUGGUAUUUGGGAUCUACGUACAUCGAUAUUUUCAUAUGGUGGAUUGAACUUAAUUAAAACUUUUAAUUUCAUGAAUGAAAUAAGACAGGAUUUACAGGCCAAACGACAAGCCGGGUUUGCUACUUCAUUGGUAGAUGUAUGGGGCCGUGCAUUAUCGUAUCAAUUUUUCAAAGACAGUGGAGCUGCUUUGACUUUUUCCACAUUACAAGAUAUGGACAAAUUUAAGAACGCAAACAUGCCAUUUCCUAUAUUAAUAGCAAAUGGAAAAGUUCCAGAAUCAUGUGUUGCUAAUGGAAAUUCUACUGUAUUUGAAUUCAACCCAUUUGAAAUGGGAUCAUGGGAUCCUUCGCUUUAUCAAUUUGCUAAAUUAAAAUACAUUGGAACAAAUAUUACUAAAGGUGCACCUAUUGAUAAUAAAAUGUGUGUUGGUGGAUAUGAUAAUGCAGGUUUUAUAAUGGGUACAUCAUCAUCGUUGUUUAAUGUUGCAUUGUUAAGAAUUGAUGAUUAUACAAUAUCAUCACUCUUAACCAAAAAAGCUCCUGUAGUGUCAAAUGGUCAUGAAUGUAGCAAUAAUGAUACUUUUGUCAUUGGGAACGUCACAAAUCCCGAUCAAUGCGUUGGUGGAUUUUACACCAAUGGAACUAUUAGAGGAAGUCUGGACACAAUAUUCAGUGUUGAUAACCUGUUAAUCUUCAAUUCAAUUAAGUCCAUAAUCAAGGGAAUUUUGCAAGAUUUAUCUGAUAAUAAUAAAGAUAUUGCCAUUUAUGAACCAAAUCCUUUUCAUGGAAACAAAGCAGGCCAUUCACAUAAACUUUCAUUAUACAAUUCAUUGUAUCUAUGUGAUGGAGGAGAAGACGACCAAAACAUCCCACUUCAACCGUUAAUACAACCCGAGCGUCAAGUAGAUGUUGUCUUUGCUUAUGACAACUCAGCAGAUUUUCAAAGCUGGCCCAAUGGAAAUGCCAUGAUAGCUACAUACCAAAGACAAUUUAGUCAUCAAGGCAAUGGAACACAUUUUCCAUACGUCCCCGAUGAAAAUACCUUUAUAAAUUUGAAAUUGACAGAGAAACCAACAUUUUUUGGCUGUGAUGCUAAAAACUUGACAUCAUUGACUGGACUGCUAGAUGCUGCCUAUGAUACACCAUUAAUUGUAUACACAGCAAAUCGACCAUUCUCGUACUGGUCCAAUACAUCAACAUUCCAAAUGAGAUACGAUCAUGACCAACGAGAUUCAAUUAUUAGGAAUGGAUUUGAAACAGCAUCUCGGUUGAAUUUGACCUGGGAUUCAGAAUGGAGAACAUGUGUUGGCUGCGCGAUUAUUAGAAGAGAACAAGAAAGACGGGGAAUAGAACAAAGUGACCAAUGCAAGAGGUGUUUUGAAAGAUAUUGUUGGAAUGGUAAAACUGAUACCACAUUUGUUUUUGCUAAUUUCAUUGAUGCAUGCGUUCAAUUUUUAAAGCGUCAAUUUAAAACACUUCAAAAUAGUACGGUUAGAUGGGUUCCAUAUAACCCAGUCUCCUGGUUCAAGUAUUUGUACACUAGAAUUAGAUGGUAUUUGUAA